UUCGCGACACUUUCCCUUCGCGGCAAGAACACGAGGCUGAGCAAACUCGUGGCUGUGAUCGCUCGAGCUUCUCCAAGCAAGAGAGAGAGAGAGAGAGAGAGAGAGAGUUGAGGUGGAGAGUACGCGAGGUGCUCUAGGGUUUAGGUUUUGCCGAAUCAGUUAGGCCACCGUCUCCUCCCUACAUCCAUAUGAAUACCCCCUGCGAAACCCUAGCCAUCGACGUUCCUCGGCUCUUCGACGCCGAGUGAGAAGAGCUCGCUCCCGAAGGUGCGCUUUUUUGCCUCGGUUCAAUUCCCGCUCGUUCUUGCUACUGUUGAACUGUGCUAUUGUGCUGUGCGGCGCUCUAUGCAGUGCGUGCGAGAAGAGAAAUGAGGUGUUGUUGUCGCGUUAUCGAACGAUCGGUCGUGGAUAAGAACGCGGCGGCUGCGCUCUCUUUCGAUGAUUUCGAGUUAAAAGAAGUUGAAUUUGAGAGGGGACUUAUUUCCUAACUUGAUGAAUCGCGGCGAUGGAGACGUGCUCUGCCGGGGAGGACAUAACCGCAAAGAGGAGGAAGCCGUACACGAUUACGAAGCAGCGGGAGAAGUGGACAGAGGAGGAGCACAACAAGUUUCUGAAAGCCCUGAAACUUUAUGGCAGGGCGUGGCAGCGCAUACAAGAACACAUUGGUACAAAGACGGCUGUCCAAAUCAGGAGUCAUGCACAAAAGUUUUUCUCAAAGAUGAUUUAAUUGAGCUGCAGUUGGAGAAAGAAGCUCUAACAAAAGGAACUCCUGUGGGGCAAAGUCAUGACAUAGAAAUCCCUCCUCCACGCCCCAAAAGGAAAUCAACUUGCCCGUAUCCUCGAAAUACUGCUGCAGGUUCCCUCUCUCCACUUGAAGAAGCAAAUGAUGGAAAAGCAUUACAUUCCACUCCUCUCAGAAGUGGCAAACAGGUGCUUUGUGUUGACGUCGAUACUUCUCAUGAGAAGCUUCCUGCGACAGAAGCACACCAAAGGAAAAAACAGCCAUCUGAAGCUGGCAGCAGCUCAGAAGUAUUUCACCUUUGCCAGGUUGCUCCGGGUGCUUCCAUCUCCUCAGCGAACAAGAGCUCAUCAAACACUUGUACUUUUAAGCACUAUAUUCCCCUUGUGGAAGGAGGAGAUGAGAAAACCGCUCAAAGCGAAACGUCUCAGAACUUCCAAGAAAAGCAGGAACAGGUGAAGAGUGCUUCCUACACAGAUGCUGAUAAUCAUGGUCAAAACGGAGUUUACGUGAACUGGAAGGAGAAAUUAACUUACAAAAAGAAGCUGGACGUGAGAGAGCAGCGAACAAUUCGUGGCCCACUUCUGAACAACGAUCUGCGAGGAGCUCAAUGCUACUCGAAGCAUGUCCCGGAGCAAUUCAUGAGCCGCAAGAACAAUGAGAGCAGCAAGCAAUCUAAUUUUUCUGGUAACUAUGCUCCUACGAAAACCGACGUUCAAGUUAACACAUCUCAAACAAAUCCUACUACCGUGCCUGAGCAUAAUCACAACAUGAACUCUACUACGAUGCCUUCUGCUGAUCAACCAUGUUCAGUAUUUGUGCCUUUUACACAAUCGGGCAGCAACCAAGAUGCUUCUAGAACCUUUCUGUCGCCCUCAUCUUCGAGUCUCAUGGUAUCUAACUUGCUGCAUAAUCCAGCAAUUCAUGCAGUAGCCAGCCUCGCAGCUUCAUAUUGGUCGUCGAACAACUCAAAUGCCUCAAGCAGUUCAACCCUAGAAAAUAAUGGGGCAGUGCCAAAUGCACAAGUGAACUCGUCCCCGAGCAUGGUGGCAAUGGCUGCCGCCACCGUGGCAGCGGCAUCUGCCUGGUGGACGAGUAAUGGUCUGUUGCCGCUCUUCCCUCCUGUUCAGCCUGCCUUCAUUUUUCCUCCAAUGCAAACUAUGCCAAUCUCCGCAAUGGACAUGACUCGAGCUCCAGAGCAUAAAGAGGAAAAGAAGGAUGAUAGAGGUCACAAGCUUACACAGCACAAUGCGGUUUCUAAAGCAUUAUCAUCAGAGUCAGAUGAAAGUAGAAGAGAUGAAACAUUGCGGCAAGCUGCGCUGAAAUCUAUGAUAACUAAUAAGCCUAAAUCCAGACUUCACGACUCCGAUAAAGCGGCGUUAAGGACUCCAAUUCGCUCUUCUAAUGGUUCUAACACGCCUUCAAGCGGUGAUGUAGAAACUGACGGUAUGAAAAGGAAACUGCAAAGGGAGGUCAAGGACAAAGAUGAGCAAAUACAUCUUGUUAAAAAUCAUCUCCCUGAGGAGACGAGCAAUUACCAGAAUUCUAGCAAAGAAAUGCUUGAUGAUUCACGCAAGGGUCGACCUGCCUCUCUGGAGCUGUUUACUGGCGAAAACUUGCGAAAAAUUCCUUCACUGCCGCCACAGAGCGAAGAUAAAGAAGCCACUGCCUUGAUGGUGGACCUCAUUGGGGAAGCAUUUCGAUUGAGUACUAAAGUUACGGCCGAACCUGAAGAGCAUUCUAAAAUGAACGAAAUUGAACGCGUGAAGCUGAAGUCGAGUCGAAGAGCAUUCAAGCCUUACAAGAGAUGUUCGGUGGAAGUAGACAACCAAGCAACAACAAAUGAAGAUAGCUCUGACAAGAGAUUACGUCUGGGGGGAUAAACAUUACGACGACGGUUUGCAUGCGAAAAUAUGCAUUAUUUGUAGUUUGGGUUCUUCUCUACAAAUAAUAAUUUGUGUUAGAUUUUUAGAAAUAAUUUGCGUUAUAUUGUAGUUUAAUUUAGUUGUUCUAUCUUUGGUGCUUCCUUUCGACUGAUCAUAAUUACAAUCCUUUUUGGAGAUAUUGAACAUAACAUGAUUGCUGAGGGGGGCAAACUCUUGCCUUUUAGGACUAUUUGUGCACGUCGUAACGAAGUUUGCAUAACCUCUUUAAUCAUAACAAUA